AUGUCUGUUUCUCAACGAAAGGAUCAACUUCCUUCCGAUGUUACACCACUCGUUUAUCGGCUUCAUCUAAACCCAAAUCUUGAAACGUUUGAAUUUAGUGGAGAGGAGUCGGUUGAUCUCAAGAUUAAUGUGAAUCCAAAUCAAAUUACUCGAAUUGUUGCCAACAGCAAGGAUUUAAAUAUUCGUGAAGCCUAUUUGAUGAUUCAUCACCAAAGAGUCAAUUUCAAAAACAUUGGCUUUGAUAUUGAGAAUGAUCAGAUCAUUUUCGAAUUGAAUGAUUCGUUGGAAGUGAUCAUGAACAAUAUGCCACGUGAUGACGAAAAGGCAUUGGAAAUCAUCACACUACAUAUCAAGUUUACAGGAGAAUUGAACGAUAAACUAUGUGGAUUUUAUCGUUCAAAAUAUAUCCGGGAUGGUGUUGAAAAAUAUGCAGCCGUAACUCAAUUUCAACCAGCGGAUGCAAGAAGAAGCUUUGUGUGUUGGGAUGAUCCUGCUUUCAAGGCCAUCUUUGAAAUUUCCCUUGUUGCUCCAAAAACUCACAUAGCACUCUCUAACAUGCAUUGUAUGGAAGAAACAGAUAUAGAUGAUACGAGAAAGCUCCACAAAUUUGCACCAACUCCUCCCAUGUCAACUUAUUUAGUGGCAUAUAUUGUUGGAGAGUUCGAUUAUGUCGAAACAAUUUCAUCAGAAACACACCAUCCGGUUCCUAUCCGUAUUUACACACCGGUUGGAAAGAAGGACCAAGGUCUAUUUUCAUUAGAUGUUGUGGCAAAAGUAUUGCCAUUAUUUGAAAAAUAUUUUGACAUGCCUUACCCAUUGACAAAGAUUGAUUUGAUUGCAGUAUCACAAUUAUCAUUUGGUGGCAUGGAGAAUUAUGGGCUCAUUACAUUCCGUGAACAGAUUUUACUUGUUGAUCCUGUGAACACGUCAGCGCUUGCUAAGCAAACAGUUGCCAUUGUGGUGGCACAUGAAUUGAGUCACCAAUGGUUUGGUAAUUUGGUCACUCCCAAAUGGUGGGAAAGUCUUUGGUUGAAUGAAGGUUAUGCAACAUAUUUAGAAUACUUCGCCAUCGAUUGUUUGUAUCCUGAAUGGCGUGUCUUUGAGCAAUUUAUUUAUAGCGAUUUUUAUAGAGCAUUCGCAUUAGAUGGUUUAAGAAAUUCUCAUCCUGUUGAAGUUCCUGUAAAUUCUGCGGCUGAAAUUGAUGAAGUGUUCGACGCAAUUUCAUACAGCAAAGGCUCAUGUUGCGUGCGUAUGUUAAUUGAAUGGUUGGGUAUUGAAAACUUUAGAAAAGGAAUGAUUCAAUAUUUGAAAAAGUAUAAAUUCUCCAAUGCGAGCACGAAUGAUUUGUGGAACUGUUUAAGCGAGGUAUUGGAAGUGGACGUUGCUUCUGUCAUGAGCUCGUGGACCUUAACAACAGGUUAUCCUAUUGUUUCUGUUACUGAAGGAAAUGUUGGUGGAAUGGAUACUCGAAAUUUGGUCCUGACUCAACACAGAUUUGUUGAAGAUAUUGGAGCAGAUAUUAAUAACCCUUCGAUUUGGUCCGUUCCAAUUUCAUACAUCAUUUGCAAUUCGGACGAUUCAACAUCUGAGCAAAAAGUGUUGAUGAGAGAAAAAGAAAUUGUUAUUUCUGUUCCUGCAAAUAUGAAAUGGAUCAAAUUUAACAAGAAUCAAGUUGGUUUUUUCCGUGUGAAUUUUAGAAAUGAUCAGUAUUAUGCCAACUUGGUUCUUCCCAUUAAGAACAAACAAUUGUCUCCAAUUGAUCGAAUGUCUAUCAUUGAAGACGCUACUAGCCUAUCGAAAUGUGGAAUUGUACCAAUUGAACAAGUUCUCUCCUUGUUUUCUGCUUAUUCCACUGAGGAUAAUCACACAGUAUUGUCGAGUGUUGCUUCAUGCCUAAACACCAUUGGUAACCUGAUCAAAAAUGAGAAUGAACACAUACAGCAAAAGUUCAAUGCAUUUGCACGAUCAAUUUUCGUUCACUUGAGAGACGAGCUUGGAUGGGAACCAAAACCGAACGAAGACCAUUUAACAGGCAUGAAACGAACCCUUGUGAUGAAUACCUUGUUACAAUACAAGGACGAGAAAACCAUUCAACAAGCUCUCUCGAAAUUUGAAAAUUUCCUAAACAAUCCACAAUCGCUCAUUCCUGAUCUUCGAAGCGUUGCAUACUCAGCAGCUGUUAUGCAUGGCAGGGAUUCAUUCCAACAGGUAUGGAGAGUUUACGAGAGCUCUGAUUUAACAGAAGAAAAAAUCCGAGUGUUAAAAUCGAUUGGAUUGACACAAGAUGGAGAGUUGUUACAACAGACAUUGAAUCGUGUGUUGGAUGGUUCAGUACCCACUCAGAACAUUUCAUACAUGCUGAUGGGACUAUCCCAAAAUGCAAAAGCUUGCACUUUAAUGUGGAAAUAUUUCUUUGAAAAUUAUACUGCAAUUAGAGAAAAAUUUGAGAGUGGUUUACUCUUUGGAAGAAUUAUCAAGUUGUUUACUGAAAACACCAUAGAUGAGAAUGAAGUCAUUCAAAUUAAGGACAAUUUAGAAAAGAUCAAAACCAAAGCAAUACAACGAACAGUGGAUCAGGUGAAAGAAUCUAUUACUCUCAACAGCAAAUGGAGCGCCUCAUGCAAGAAUGAUAUCAUUUUUUGGCUCAGUAAUAACUUGUAG